AUGAACUUCACCUGGGAUGGUAAUCAGAGCAGCCGCCCUUUUUGUCUCUUGGCAUUUGGCUACUUGGAAACUGUCAGUUUUUGCCUUUUGGAAGUGCUGAUUAUUGUUUUUCUGACCAUAUUAAUUAUAUCUGGCAACAUUAUUGUGAUUUUCGUAUUUCACUGUGCACCUUUAUUGAACCAUCACACAACAAGUUAUUUUAUCCAGACAAUGGCAUAUGCUGACCUCUUGGUUGGGGUUAGCUGCCUGGUCCCUUCUUUGUCACUCCUCCACUACACCCUUCCAAUUGAAGAGUCUGUGACUUGCCAGAUAUUUGGUUUUGUGGUAUCAGUUCUGAAGAGUGUGUCCAUGGCUUCUCUAGCCUGUAUUAGUAUCGAUAGAUACAUUGCCAUCACUAAACCAUUAACCUAUAACACCCUGGUUACACCCUGGAGACUGCGCCUGUGUAUUUUUCUGAUUUGGCUGUAUUCCACCCUGGUUUUCCUGCCUUCCUUUUUCCAUUGGGGCAAACCUGGAUAUCAUGGAGAUGUGUUUCAGUGGUGUGCAGAGUCCUGGCAUACCGACCCCUACUUCACCUUGUUCAUUGUGAUGAUGUUGUAUGCCCCAGCAGCUCUCAUUGUCUGCUUCACGUAUUUCAACAUCUUCCGCAUCUGUCAACAGCACACAAAGGAAAUCAGCAAAAGGCAAGCUCGCUUCAGCAGCCAGAGUGGGGAGACAGGGGAAGUACAGGGCUGUCCUGAUAAGCGUUAUGCUAUGGUCCUGUUCCGAAUCACUAGUGUAUUUUAUAUCCUCUGGUUGCCAUAUAUUAUCUACUUUUUGCUGGAGAGUUCCACUGGCCACAGCAACCGCUUUGCAUCCUUCUUGACCACCUGGCUUGCUAUCAGUAACAGUUUUUGCAACUGUAUUAUUUACAGUCUCUCCAACAGUGUUUUCCAAAGGGGACUAAAGCACCUCUCAGGGGCUGUGUGUACUUCUUGUGCAAGUCAGACUACAGCCAAGGACCCUUAUACAGUUAGGAGCAAAGGCCCCACUAAUGGAUGUAACAUUUAAAGUGGUUCAAAUACUGUAUGUGUGUGCAUGUGUGUGUGUGUGUGUGUGUGUGUGUGUUUUAAUCUCUUGGUAUUCCUAGUUCACUAGGAAAUCUAGGACACAUUAAUUUCACCUUUAAGUAGUAGCAGAGGAUCUGUUCACAUACCUUCUAAGUUGGCAGAAAUGAUUCCCUAAACAUGAUUUUGAAUCAGAAGAAUCAGAAUCACGAAGAAAAAUUGCUCUUGGUUCCAAUUUUUGAAAUGUCAUGGAAGUGACUACAGUUCUCAGAUUUAAAAGGAAUAAAGCCAUAGAUAACACUUCUCUCCAGCUGGCAUGCCUGAAACUGGGUGUGAAAAGCGUCAGCACUUUUAAAAGUCAUCAUUUUCUUGUCGCUUUUCUGGAUUCUUCCCAGCUCCUUGGAUUCAUGUGCAAUUGGUAUCUUUUAACAGGGAAUAUUAAAAUAUACCAAAUUAACAGAAUUUUCAUUUUAUUUAUUUAUGCCAAAGUAUAAAUACACUGCAAGUUUCUUCAUUGUCCUUUAGAUAGCAAAAUGUUUUGUUUUAUAUUCUCUUGAGAAUUCUCUGUAGGGUGAAUGAUGUGAACAUUUAAACAUGAUCUUUAAAAAUUUGAAAUGAACCAUGAAGCAAAAGUGCAAUGAAGUCACCGAGUGUAUGAAAAAUUGAGCUACUUGUGCUAUGCUUUACAGAGAUAAACACACUUGUGCAUAGAAGUGAUUGUGUUACAAUACUUUUCUGUGCCUUUGUGUUUGUGUGUAGUAAGAAUAUUUGCAUUAAGUUAGGUAUCUAUUUUAUAGAAAAAUGUAUUUAAGCUAAAAAUAAAUGAUGAGAGACUGAUAGCUUUCAAUUUAUAAUGGUGAUCUAUUUAAAAUGUGACUUUAGUGUUUGAUCUUUUUAUCCAAAGGUUUUUGAAAUUUUAGAACACCAGGGGAAAAGGUGUCAUAGGUAACUAAGUCAGAAGUAUGCAUUUGGCUAUAGAUAUACAUCAGUAGAGUGCAUCCUUAGCAUACACAAAGCUCAGGCUUUGAUCCCCAGCACCAGAACAAAUGAACAUGCACAAUAUCAUAGUAUAUUUACUAAUUUUUAAACAUAACCAAUAAUAUAGUAACAACUAAUAUAUUUUGAAAAACUUUCAGUUUCUAUAAAGAAAUCUGCUUUGAAGGGGAGAAGGAGAAAUUCUAGUCUGUUUUGUUUUUUUGGUUGUUUUUGCUAUGCUCUUCCUACAAAAAUAAUCCUUUAUCAUACAGUUCUUUCUUUAACUUUUUGCUUUUAUUUUUCUGAACCACUAGUAAAAACUGUAAGAUUUUUAUUAUUUUCCUCUAUAAUUCUUAGAAUGCUGUGUGUUUAUAUGUAGUAUUAUGUUUUUUUUUAAGUGAUUAUUUUGGAAGCAGGAGAUUCAUCUUCUGUAAAACAAGAGAGACUUACUAGCAACUCUAGUCACAAGAUUGUUUUCUCUUCUGCUGGUUUUAGUUUUUAGAAACAUGUAGGAUACUUAUUUAAUUUCUGUUUUUGGAUAGAUACUAUAAUCUGAAUACAACAGAAACAUUCAGUGAGAUAGAAGAUGGAGAAACCCUGGGGGACAUAAAUUUAAGUGGAUUUCUGAAGGAAGGGCAUAUAUAUUAAUAAAGCAUAUAUAUUAAUAAAGCAGGCAGAUAAGCUUUGGCUUUUCGUCUUGAUGUUAGAAGAUCCCUUUUUCCUUUUAAAAGGCAGCAUGUUUCUUUUCUUGUUUCUGGUUUAGUCAUGCUGGGGAGCAAACUCAGGGCCUUGAACAUGUAUGUAAAGCAAGCAUUCUACUAUUGAAAUACAUCCUUAGCCAAUUUUGAUUUUAUGUUUUACUUGAUUCAGUUUUGGACUCAAAAGUCGUCUUUUUUUUUU